UUUAUUGUCAAAAAAAAAUUUUUUUUAUUAAUUUUUUUCAGCCUUUCGGGUCAAUCUCCGUUCCUCGGUGAAACAUUAGCACAUACCUAUUGUAAUGUAGAAAAAGGAAGAUGGAUGUUUUGUGAAGAAUUUAGAGAAAAUGGGAUAUCUGAUGAUGCAAAAGAUUUUAUUUCUCGUCUAUUAAUUGUUGAAAAAGAAAAAAGAAUUCUUCCAGACGAAUGUCUCAGGCAUUGUUGGUUACUUAAAAACAGAGAAAGAGCAGCAUUGGCUGGAGCAGCUAGUCGUGCAAUGAGUCCAGCAUUAUUACCUUGUGAACAACAACCUUUGGCAGUUGAAAAAUUGCGUAGCUAUGUGAAAAAUAAGAAAUUUAGGCGGCUAGUUUUUGGUGUACUAUUUGUUAAUUCGGUUAUGAGAAUGUUGAGAACUUUGCAGCAAAAUAAGAGUAGUCAUGGAAUUGAUUAUGUUAAGAAUAUGUUAGCAGUUGCUGAAUGUUGUCCAGAACGCCAAGAUGAAAGCAGUAUGCUAUUAAAAGCAUUUACUAAAAGGAGGGGAGAACCAACACCAGAAAAAACGCCUGAAAGACUAGCGGCAGCUGCAACUGAAACAAAUGGACAACAACAAAAGGAGGAAAUUAAAAUUGUUAAAGAAAAGGAAGAAAAGAAACAGCAACCACAAACUCCUUCAACAACUCGUAUAAAAGUUAGAAAAGAAAAGGAACGUAAUAAUGGAGAAGAUUUGGCAAAGAAAAGGAGUAAAUCAGAAGCAAGACGUGCUGUUGAUCAGCAAAGAACAAGAUCGAGUACUGAACAUACAUCAACUAAAAAACAACGGCAGGAUAAUGAAGAGGAGGGGGAUGGAGGGAAUAUUAAGAAAAUAAGCAAAUCAUCAAUUUUCAAAUUUGGAUUAAAUGAAGAGAAAAAUCAGAAAUUAAAAACAAAAGAAAAACAAAAACAACCCAAAAAUAAAUCACCCCAACCAGCAACAAAAAAUUUUGGAAUUAAUGUAAUGAAGUUGGCUCAAAAUUUGGAAGAAGUUCCAAAACAACAAAUAAAUGCCCUUACAAAAAUUAAGCAACAACAACAACAAGAAGAAGAGAAUCAUCAACAACAAGCUUCUCCUAAAAAUUCUUUUGUCAGUAAAAUGUUACAAAGAUUGGAACAACAAAAACAAGAAGAACAAGGGAAAAAUAGGGAGCAACAACAACCACUAACAUUUGCUGUGGCAGCUAUACCUUUAAAGAAGGAAGAUAAUUUAAUUGUAAAAACACCCAAAGUUGAUAGAAAGAUUCCAAUUAAUUGGAGGGAAGAAGUUGCAAUGAGAGCGGAGGAGGUAGGAAAGUAUGUCGCGGAUGAUUUAAAUCCAUAUGAAAGAGAAAGAUCCCAUACAACAACAGAAAAACGGAAAAAACUUGUUAAACGAAAAGUUAGUAAAGUAAAAACUACAGAAAAUGAAGAAGAAAAAAUAAAAUUUGAAGAAAAAAUGGAAAUUGAUCAUCAAAAUAAAAAAGAAAAUAAACAAAAUGGACAUUGUAAAAAUAAAAAAGAAGAAGAAAAAAUGGAAUUGGAUAAUAAUAAUGAAAAUUUAAUUAAGCCACAAACCCCUAGAACAAAGAAGAAAAUGAUUUUGGUUAGAAAAAGAAGAGAAUCUACUGUGGCACCGACUGAUGGAAUAAGUGUUGAGAAAGGGUUGAAUGGAUUAAAUCACCUACGCCAGCAACGAAUCUCCAAAAAAUUUGUAAAAUCUAGCAACUCAAUGGAUGAAAGUCCUGUUGUUGGACAUGAUGUUUUUGACUUUAGAUUGUUACGUAUGAAAUUGCAAAAUCGGAUUAUGGGGUAA